UGGCCUGGGGCUGAUCCAAUCUCCUGCUCUCGCGGGCGGGGAGUCCUGGGCGGCCGCAGGGGUCACACCCAGGACUUGUUGGUCCCGCGCUUUCCGGAGCCCGGCAGGCGCUCGCUGCCUGAACAGGUCAAAGAACGAACGAAUGAAUGACUCUUUUGCCAGGAUGGGGACCCGGGGGCCUCAGGGAGCUGCGAAUCCCACGGACUCUUCCCGCAGGCCUUUCCCGCGCGAGGUGGAGCGCGAGGUGGAGCGCGGGGCUCCGCUGGCUCCGGGCACCCCGAAUCCCGGGACGGCAGGAGCAAGCCGAAGCCUGGGCGGCGGCCACGAGGACAGGUCGGCAGGUCGGACCCUCGGACCUCGGGCCGGAGAGGAAUUGGACCGUGAGUCCUGGGUCAGAGAGAAAGUGCUCUUUCUCCUGCACCCAGAGAGGUGGUUAGGGACUCGGGGGGACCCUGCACGGGAAGCGAUGGCCGAGGGAGAGGACCCUCCUCUUGCGGGUGGCGAGGACCAGGGCCAGGAGCCCAGCUGCUCUUCUCACGUCUUUCAACGAGAAAAGCGAAUUUCUGGCAGGCGUGUAGCCCCGCCGCGGGACCCAGCAGACCCACCCAAAUACGUGCUGGUGCGGGUGGAGGAUUAUCAGGUAACUCAAGAAGUGUUGCAGACCUCGUGGGCCAAGGGUCGCAUGACCACGAGGACUGAGGAGCACUCUGUGACCGCGCUCACUUUUCGCAGCAGUAGAGAGAGACAGCCUGGGGGGCGCCGGGGCCCCUGCUGAACCCCAGGCUCUCCAGGCACGACGAAAGGCACCCCGCGUCCACGCCGCGGAGAGGAGGGUUUCACCGUCUCCAGGGAGCUGGCUCGAGGAGAUUAGACUCUAGAGAGGAGCCCGAGAAAUGUUCCGGGACGGUGGAUGAGCGAUCAUCCUAAAAAGAAAAUGCUCUUCUGGGAACUCCAAGCUGCAAUUAACCUGCAGAAGGAACCUUUCCAGAGGCUGGCGCAGCGCUUCAGAGAGGCAGAUAAGAACUGUGCUCCUCAUCCAAGCAGAACCCUGUCAUGUGAAGAGCCUGAGAAAUCUUACCCCAUUUACAAGUGACCUGGGAAUGCAUCCAAAGUGAAUUGGGCAUCUUCAAUACUAAGAAAUCUCUGAGAAUGGCUGGGCCUUGGCUGUUUGAUCUUACGUCUACUCCACUGAAAAAUAAGAUUAUCUAAAAUUGUGUUUGGUGGAUGAACCACAUCAAAGACUUCCAGAAGCCACUCCAGUGACCAUAAGACAAAUGUCAGAAUUGCAUAGUUACUGGGAUCAGGCAAGUGUCACCCUCUCUUAAAACUCUUGGUUUACAACCAUCAUUUCCUUUCAGGAAUAAUUACAUUUGACUUGCUGCUUAUUUUUGUUGGACGUUACCAGUGCAUGGCGAUAAAACUUGAUGUGGCUUUUUGCUUUGAAAAAGAAAAAAAAAAAAANAAAAAAAAAAAAACAAACUUUUUAUUAAAAGAAAAAGUUAUACACACUGCAUAAAAUUGGGGAAAUAUUAUGAAGAAAAAGAAAAUUAUUAUUAAAGAAACAAAAAUGUACAGAUGACCCCAAAUCUCUUUUAAUAUUUGGCAUGUUUCAAGUAUGAGUUUUUUGUUUUGUUUUGUUUUGUUUUUAUUUUACAGAGAUAGUGCCUUGCUAUGUUGCCCAGACCAGUCUUAAAAUUCUGGACUC